UCUUUGUACUGUCGAGUAUGGAACUGUCCCGUCCACGUGCCCCGAUCAAUCGCAUUGGUCAAUUAUCUUGAUGAUCAAUGCGAUUGGCCAAUUCCGUUGAGAUCAUCGCCGAUUAAUCAGAGAUUGGUGAAAGUCACCUUUAUUACGCCUAGUAAUUUAGGAACUUUUAACGAGGAACAGCUGAUUGCUCACGGUCGCACUGUUCGACAUCGUCCUGAACAGCAAGAUGGCAACGGUCGUGAGAGCACAGUAAGGAACGAGCGAUUUUCGGCUAAUAUCGCCAGUUUCGCGACGUUCCGAGUGAUUGUCAGCGGUGUUGAUUGGCUUCUGAUAGCGUGUGAAGAUGACCGCGGGUACCAGUUUAGUAGUGCCCAUAGUGCUAUGGGGCCGCAUAGCACCGACCCACUGUAUUUCCUGUGUCUACCUGUCUCGGGAUCAAAAGACGCUGGUAACAGGAUGUUACGACGGGCAAAUAUGUCUGUGGCAGGUGGAUCCAGAAACAUUAAAGAUGACACCGAGAUGUUUGCUCGUGGGACACACGGCUCCCAUCAUGUGCCUCAGUCGCGCCAGCGUCAUAAUGGAGCAGAAUUUCAUCGUCAGCAGCAGCGAGAGCGGGGAGAUGUGCACUUGGGACCUGGUCGACGGCAAGUGUCGCGAGGCGGUGAAGCUCAAUAACAUUCACACGCAAAUGUUGCCCUACGUGUCCGCGGGCGGGGAGGACGUUAGAUUAUUCUGCUCCGGAUACUACCCCGAAGUUUUAGUCAUGGAUCCGUUCAGCCUGGAAGUACUAUUUACCCUGAGCUCUCGCGUCAAUCCGGACUGGAUUAGCGCCUUGCACGUUUUGCGGCCGGCCAAACGGAAAGGUCGGUUCUACGUGCAUACAAACGACGUCGUGCUGGCCCUGACGACAACCGGCAUGGUCAAGGUGUGGACGCUCUUAGGACACGAGAAUCGGAACAGCGAGCCCCUGUACGAGCACGAGAGCAAGCAGAUACGCUGCCUGAAUGCACUCGCGAUGACUUGCUGCCCAUAUAAUCAAAGAACGGUGCUCAUCGUGUGUUCCAAGUUUUGGCAGAUAUAUGACGCCGGUGAUUUCUCGGUUCUCUGCUCGAUAACGGCUCCGCGAGGUGAACGUUGGAUGGCGGGCGAUUUCCUGGCCGCCGACAAGGUCAUCCUGUGGAGUGACGAAGGUCACGGAUACCUGUACAAACUUCCGGCCAACAAGCUGAAGGGCAAGGCUCUCAGCAGCAGCGUCGCUGACAAUAAGAACUUCCACACCGCCGGUGCCGAAUACGAUCAGCCGUAUUUGUACUGCACACUAACGCAACCCGGAGAUAAGCCUCUUUCAUGUCCACCAGCGAUGCGACUGGUCACCGUGCAGCGGCAGAACAAGACCCUGAAGUAUCUGCUGCGCGGCGACAGUGAAGGUGUUGUUAUCCUGUGGACGGUACCGGAUAUUACAACACAGCAGCUCGCUCAGAUAUGUCAGAACGACGGCUCAUCGCCACCUGCGCUUUCGCCGACCGUGAAGACGAGUCUCACCGCUGCUUGGGAUGCGAUGAAACCUCCUCCUGUGGGGAUACUCGAUCAACUGGACUCUGGCGAUGGUCAAGGCAUCAAGCUCACUGCUUGCAUAUACUUGCCGCAGCAGAGCCGGCUAGUAGUCGGCCGUGAAGACGGCAGCAUCAUCAUCGUUCCGGCGACGCAGACCGUGAUGCUUCAGCUACUCCACGGCAAUCAUCAGCAGUACGAUGAUUGGCCGCCGCACCAAGUUCUCCUGGGUCACUCGGGACGAGUGAAUUGUCUGCUUUACCCCCACGGCGCGGCGCCUCGUUACGAUCGCACUCAUCUCGUUUCCGGUUCGGUAGACUUCGCCGUUUGCCUCUGGGAUCUGUACGCCGGCACACUGAUCCAUCGGUUUUGCGUUCACGCCGGCGAAAUCACGCAAUUGAUGGUGCCGCCCGAUAAUUGCAGUCCCAGGAUACAGAAGUGCGUUUGCAGUGUCGCGUCGGAUCACAGCGUGACGUUGCUUUCGUUGGCCGAGAGGAAAUGCGUCGUGCUCGCUUCGCGACACCUUUUCCCGGUCGUGACCAUCAAGUGGAGGCCGUUGGACGACUUCAUGAUAGUCGGAUGUUCCGACGGAGCCGUUUACGUCUGGCAAAUGGAGACCGGUCACUUGGAUCGUGUACUGCACGGUAUCAUCGCGGAAGAGGUGCUCUACGCGUGCGACGAGAACACUCUAGCAGCGUCCGGAGGAUCCGCCGCUGGCGGUGAGCUGGGAUUGGCCAAUCCCGCCGUGCAUUUCUUUAGGGGUUUACGUCACCGUAAUCUGUCAGCGAUUAGACACGCGACGCAGAGGGGGUUGCAUCAGCUGCAGCAGCUGCACGGCGGACACGGUCCCGAUCACGGGAAUCAGAUUAAAGCCAAAGGCUCGCCGCUGAUGAUCCAAGGCUUCAGGAGUAACCCGAAGGACCCGGAGAGUCACAUCCUGUUCUUCGAC